GAAAGAACGGGACACUGGGUAAUAUUCAACCGACAUAUAGAUAUAUAUGUAUGUAUAUCGUAUAUUUAUCAUCUCAGUACAGUACAGUGAGUUUAAAUUGCCAGAUGUCGAGGUUUUGGUGAAGUUAAGUUGUAAAGAUAAAAAAAAAACUGUAAUUUAAAAUAAAGUAAUGGAUAAGAAAGAAGACAGUAUUGAAUUUAUAACAGAAAUAAUUCCUGAAAUAGUUCACAAUCGUUGUUUUUGCGAGGUUGGAUCACGAGAAUUUAUUGAAUUUGAUUCAGUAUCAAUUGAUAAAGUUUCACACCCAUCAGAACAAAUAAAUGACAAGAGUAAAAGAAUAAGUGAUAGAAAGAUUGAAUUAUUUCGCGGUAAAAUAGUGAUAAAAUUUUCCGAUGAGCCAAAAAAAUUUUCCGUUAUAAUAAAAUUGCUUGGACAGCAGAUAGAGGAGGACGAUGAUGACUAUAAAUAUUUUUUAAAUGAAGAAAUGUUUUAUAACAAGAUGACAUUGGAAUAUAAACUGGAUAUUUAUCCGAAAGUGUAUGUUGCUGACAUGGGUCGAUACGGACGUCCAAUCAUUGUUAUAGAAGAUCUUGAGGCAGUUUCCGGAUAUAGACGCGUUGAUUCUAAAUUGGAUGAGGAUCACUUGAGGAUAUGUUUGAAGGCGAUUGCGAGGUUUCAUGCUCGUGGCCUUAGGCUCAAAUACGAUAAAUUCAAUACGUUCAGAGAGUUCUAUGCCAAAUUGCUCGAUACAAACAAUAUUCGAGAUUACGAUUCCCACAUUAAGUUUAUCAACAAAAUAGUUCAAUACGUGGAGGAACAUCCAGAUUUAGAUAAAAAAGUUAUUAAAUUAUUCCAAGAUAAUGUCGCUGAUUGUAAACAUGAAACUGAAAGAAGAGAGAAUGAAUUUUUAACAAUUUGUCAUGGUGACAUCAACUUAAAUAAUUUAAUUUUCCGGUACGAGAAUAACAAACCAACGGAUGUCAAAAUUAUGGACUGGGGAUGCAUGAAAUAUUCGUUGCCGGGUCUUGAUUGGCAAAUUAUUAAUAUAAGUAAAGUUGGAGACGAUAUUUUAAGUGGUAACAUAAAGGAAAUAUUUCAUAAUUACUUGAGUGUGCUCGUUGAUGAGUGUCCUGGAAUAUUUGAUAAUAUUUUACGUUAAUUAGGCUGAUGUCUAACAAUUUGUUAGACUAUGUAAUUAUUUAUUUUUAGCUGUGCUUAAAUUCUAUCAUAUUUUAAUUACGUUCGCAAAUAAUUAAUUUGGGCUUUGUCAAAAUUACAUGCGGAGGUUUAAUCUAUUGAAUGGCAUUUGAGUUGUAUCUUGAUAAUUUAAAUUUAAACUAAACGAUAAAAAUAAAAUAAACUUAUUUUAAUUUUUGAAGACGAGAAAUUUGAAUAAUUUAUCAAAUUGUUAUCAUUUAAUUUCAGCUGUUAUUUAAAAAAAGUCUUUGGUAAUUUUGUGUUAAAGUAUUAAUAGUUUUUGUUAAUCUUGGCAAAGUAAAUAAAUUUAUCCUUGAACUGCAAUUACACUUACUGCGAUGGUUUAUAAUUACAGCGGGUUAUAUUAAAAAAACACUACACUAGAUCUCCUGUAUUUUAUUGUUAUUAUUUUCAUCUAAUCUAGUUUUAAAUAACACACGUAUGACUUACAGUUGUAUUGUAUAAUUUUAAUUUGCUUUGUUAUAAGUUUUGUUUUGACUAUUCUCCGAUAUGAUGUCUCACAUUACGAUCCAUUACUGUAACAAUAAUUAAUAAAUAGUAAUAGCACAGUAUUGUAUCGACCUAUUAAAUAUCAUCUAUUAUUUUAUUUAAUUUGUUAAAUAAUUUUAACCGUCACUUAAAUUAUUAAUUUAUCAAUUGAUCGGUCAGUUUAAAUAAUUAUUGACGUAUUAAUUACUUGCUAAAUUAAAUAAUUGCUUGAUAUUAAUUAAAAAUAAUUAGUAAGUUUAAUUAAAAACAAUUAACAAUUAUUUUUAUUUUUUAAUUGAAUUUUUAAAUAAUAAAUCAUCGGAUAAAAAUGACGUUCAAUAAAGUUAUAAAAAUAUAUUAAGUAUAUAAUAUCAAGUAGUCGGUGUAAAAUAUAAAUUUUUUUAUUUUUUCCAGUAGUAAUUGAAAAAUAAAAUAAAACGAGCCCAUAGACACUCCCUUAAUAUUAAAUCUUAAAUAGGCGACGCGAGAUAUUGGGCAUUUAAAAUACAUGAGUGUCUCAUUUCACCCCAAAUGCUUAUUGAGGGGUUAAUAAUAAGAUAAAAUAUUCUACCUUAAUUUUUCUCCUCAUUCAAAAGCGAUUUCACAAUCUGGAAAGUAAUAAUUCUAAGAUACCCUCAUUAAGAACAACUAUUUUAUAUAAAUUGCCUUGCAGAUACCAUAAGGGAGGCCGCAUUCUAGCCAAAGGUAUCGUUGAAAAGA